UGUGGCUUUUAAAGAUAUUAUUAUAACUAACAAAUGGCGGCUUAAUACGUUUUUCCAUAAACACUAAUAAUUUCAAUCAACUAAUUAGUGCCUGAAAAUUUCAUGGACUUGUUUUGAGUCAAAUCUCAUAUUUUACAGUCAAAAUGAUCACAAUAGAAUGCUAUUUGUGCUGUCUAGCAGUGAUAGCUUUACUGCUAAUAAUUUCAGUAAUUUCUAUCAUAUCAAUACUAGGAGCACUUAAACUGUAUAUAUGGUUUAAGAAAAUGAAAAGAAAGGAUUCUGAUAAGAAAAUUAUUGGAAUAUUUCAUCCCUAUUGCAGUGCAGGAGGAGGCGGCGAACGUGUUUUAUGGUGUGCUGUUAAAACAUUAUUGUCCAAAUUUGAUCAUAUAAAAAUACAUAUCUACACAGGAGAUCAAUGCAGUUCAACAGAAAUAUUACAAAAAGUUAAAAUAUGCUUUGAUAUCUCAUUUGAUGAAUCUCAUAUUAAUUUUAUAUAUUUGAAGACUAGAGGCCUAGUAGAGCACAAAAAUUAUCCUUAUUUCACAUUGAUAUUGCAAAGUAUAGGAUCAAUGUUUCUUGGCUUAGAAGCUCUUCUUAAAUUACAACCAGACAUAUUCCUUGAUACCAUGGGUUAUGCGUUUACUCUGCCUGUUUUUAAAUAUAUUGGAAGUUGUAAAACAGCUUCUUAUGUACAUUACCCCGUUAUUUCCACAGAUAUGUUAAAAAGAGUUAAGAGUCGACUUGUAACUCAAAAUAAUCAAGAGAUAGUGGCAAAAAAUCCUAUGUUGUCAUUUAUUAAGAUUCUGUACUACAGAUGGUUUGCUUGGCUUUAUAAAUGGAUGGGCAGAUGUUCUGAUACCAUAAUGGUAAAUUCAACUUGGACUGAAGAUCAUAUAAACUCUAUAUGGAAUGUGUCAUUUAAAACGCACAGAGUUUAUCCUCCAUGUAAUGUUAAGCAUUUAAAAGAACUAAAGUUAUCUCCAAGUGUUGAUGAAAUAGUUAUUUUAUCAAUCGGACAAUUUCGUCCUGAAAAAGAUCAUCCUCUACAGCUGCAGUGCUUGUAUGAACUGCGUACCUUGUUACAAAAUAAUGAAUCUUUGUGGGAAAAGGUAAAAUUGAAAAUUAUAGGUUCUUGUCGAAAUGAUGUUGACAAAGAGUAUGUCCAAAAUAUGAUUGACUUAAGCUGCCAUUUGGCAUUAGAAAAUUCAGUAGAAUUUUUAGUUAAUGUUUCUCAUGAGGAACUCUUGGAAAGUUAUAAAACUGCUACUAUAGGAUUACAUUGCAUGUGGAAUGAACAUUUUGGAAUCGGAAUUGUGGAAAGUAUGGCUGCGGGUCUUAUAAUGAUUGCAAAUAAGUCAGGUGGGCCUUUAACAGAUAUAAUUGAGACGUCUGUGGGAAGUCAAACCGGAUUUUUAGCCAGCAGUGCAAUUGAGUAUGCUCAGUGUAUAAGAUAUAUUUUAUCUUUAAGUGACGAUGAAAAAGAGCUGAUACGAUCAGCAGCAAGAUCAUCUGUAGAUAGAUUUUCUGAAGCAGAGUUUGAAAAAGGCUUUCUUCGAGCCAUGCUUCCAAUUCUAAGUGACUAAUAUUAUAUCCAUAUUUAUUAUUUAGAGUCAAUAAACAAGAUA